AUGGCUCGUAGCAUUGAUUUGAAGACUAUUACCGACUGGUCGGUGCUGAUAGGAACUGGAAUUUCGCUAUAUUACCUACUUCACAAAUUACUAGUGGAAGCGGAGGGAGGACCACUAUCAAACGUUUCGAAAGAAUCCCGUGAAAAGCAGUCAUUGACAUGGAAAAGACUGAUGGAAAGUAAUCCUUCACUUGCAGGGACGCAUCUAAAUUCAUAUGAACAAAACGCUCUAAGUUCAGUUGUUACUCCACAGGAUAUAGAUGUGACGUUUUCUGACAUUGGUGGAUUAGAGAAUAUUAUUGAUGAGCUUACAGAAAGCGUGAUUUAUCCAUUAACUACACCUGAGCUAUACACCCAGAAUUCAUUACUGGAGGCACCAACAGGGGUGUUAUUAUACGGUCCUCCAGGGUGCGGCAAGACCAUGAUUGCGAAAGCGCUGGCCCAUGAGAGUGGGGCCAACUUUUUAUCUAUAAGAAUGUCUUCGAUUAUGGAUAAAUGGUACGGUGAGUCCAAUAAAAUUGUCGAUGCUAUAUUUUCGUUGGCAAAUAAAAUCCAGCCUUGUAUUAUAUUUAUCGAUGAGAUUGAUUCAUUUUUGAGGGAGAGAGCUUCUUCGGACCAUGAAGUGACUGCUAUGUUGAAGGCUGAAUUCAUGACACUAUGGGAUGGUUUAACAUCGAACGGUAGAAUAAUCGUCAUGGGAGCAACUAAUAGACUUGCUGACAUCGAUAGUGCAUUUUUAAGAAGGUUGUCCAAGAGAUUUUCAGUCCCAUUGCCCAAUGAAGCGCAACGCAGAAAAAUUCUUACUGUUAUUUUGGAUAAAGUCAACGUUGACCCUGAGGAUUUUGACUUAGAGUAUAUUAUCCAAGCUACCCGUGGACUAUCGGGCUCUGAUUUAAAAGAACUGUGCAGGGAUGCUGCUUUGAAUGCAGCUCGUGAGUAUAUAAGGCAAAAAAGACAGAUGUCUUCCCUACCAUCAGAAGAGAGCCAGGAACCUGAGUUGAAAAUGAGGUCAUUACAGACUAAGGACUUCUUGAAGAACUUGAAAUUAGAUGCCUCACAGCCGUAUAUCAGCUCUGCUAUGCUGGAUUAA